GUAGCGGGUCCUCGUUUUUCGCUUCAUCCAAAUUCUGGAAGCUCUAAUUCGGCCAGGAGCCAACUUCAGAUCACGACGACCAACCGGCCAUCGCGACGCCUGUUCGUCACCAACGACAAAUUCACAAUCCGCAUUCCUGUCAAGCUGCCCCCAGCGACCAUGGCACCUCGGCUGCCAGCCUGCUGGGCAGCUGCCCUCUCGAGAGCCACCACCGUCACUCAUCAAAUCCUCAUCACAGAACACCACGCCCUGCUCCCACGAACAGCCAAGCGCGGCGUCAAGUACGGCUGGAACACGACCGUCCCACCCCGAUCCAAGAACGGCCGCUUUAACCAAGUCUCCGCCGGCCUGCCCAUACCUACCGCGGGUCCCGCAGCUGCCCUCAAGCGCAAGGAGAAGACGACGCCUCUGCGAACGGGCGUGCUGGCUGUCAAGAAGGGCGUCAGCGCCAUGUACCACGAGGGCCGCCGGACGCCAUGCACGAUUCUGCAGAUGGACCAGGUCGAGGUAGUUGCCUCCAAGACGCGGGCCAACCAUGGGUACUGGGCUGUGCAGCUUGGUUGCGGAGAGAAGAGGCCAGCCACCGUCACGGCGCCCAUGUUGGGCUACUACGAGGCGAAGGGCGUAGCGCCGAAGCAGCACCUCGCCGAAUUCAAGGUGCGCACCGAGGACGGCCUGUUGCCCGUGGGCGUGCAGCUGCAGCCGGAUUGGUUCAAGCUGGGCCAGUUCGUGGACGCCAGGAGUAACAGCCGCGGUAUGGGGUUCGCUGGUGGUAUGAAGAGGCACGGCUUUGCCGGUCAGGGCGCGUCGCACGGUAACUCGAAGAAUCACCGGACGAUCGGUACUACGGGUCCCAGUCAGGGAGGCGGCUCGCGUGUGCACCCGGGCAAGAAGAUGCCGGGACGGAUGGGCAACGAACGGGUAACGGUGCAGAACCUCAAGGUGCUGAAGGUGGACAACGAGACGGGCAUCAUUGCUAUCAAGGGACAUGUGGCUGGUCCCAAGGGCUGCAUCGUCAUGGUGGCCGAUGCUAUCAAGAAAGACCCGCCGGCGCAGACCUUUAUUGACAAGAUGACGAAGAAAUUGUUGGAGAGGCACCCGGAUGCGGAGGCACGGCUGGAAGAGGCGAGGACGCGACAUAUGGAGCUCAAGGAGUUGAGGAAACAAGGAAAGAUCGCAGACGUCGUGCCGCAAGAGGCGCUGACGCCGCCAGCUACGGCACCGGUUCGGUUGUAAGUGAAUUUGUGUGAAGCCCGUUUGUAUUAUAUACAU